CGAGAGAGGAGCGUGUCAACUGUGUUUUCUGAAUUAUUGCGGGACUGCAGAGUGUAUGUCUAAAAUUGAAACACGAAUUAUUUUUUUUACGAUAACAUUUCAAUACUGAGAUAAAUGCAUGGUGCGGACCUAGUUCGACCUACCCCCUAGGAGGUGCUGAUCUGUCUAACAACAUCAGCUGGACAUCCUUUCAUCCACGUUGUCUGGAGAGAUUCCUUAUCAAGUGAGUUGUUCAUGUCAUCUCCACCGAGCAUUCUUUCAGAUUAUCAUUUAAUGAAGCAUCAUAUCUAAUCGUUUAAACAUUUAUUUUUUUUUAUAAUUUUUUUUUUUGGUUUGUUGAGAAGACCUAAAUGAUAGUGCCAAUUUAGAGUUAACUGAUGCAGGUGUGUGCAGGUAUGUGCAGUUACGUGCAAGUGUUUGCAGGUGUAUUCAGGUGUGGAGGUGUGUGUAUGUGUGCGCAGGUGUUUUCAGGUGUAUUCAGGUGUAUGGAUGUGUGCAGGUGUGUGUCGGUGUGGGCAGGUGUGUGUAGGUAUGUGUAGCUCUGUGCAUGUGUGUGGAGGUGUGUGUAGAUGGGUUUAGAUGUGUGCAGAUGUGUGCAGGUGUGUGCAGGUGUAUGUAGAUGGGUAUAGGUGUGUGUAGGUGCAUCUAGCUGUGUGCAUGUGUGUAGUUGUGUGUAUACGUUUGUGUGCAGGUGUGUGUGUGUGUAGGUGCUGCCUGUAAUAGAAGAGAUGUAUUUAGGGUUAUACGAUCAUGGCAAAAACUCAGUUGUUGUUUUUUCGCCCUUCACAUGCAAAGAUGAACAAGGCUUUUGACUUGAGUAGUGGCUUUGACUUGAGCUGUAUUUUGUUUAAAGUGAGGGAGAAUUGCUCAAUUCGUCAGCCUCACUCUCUCGUCCUUGCUUAUUUUCGAUCCAAUGGCAAGACUUAGUCAAGGCGACUGUAAUUUGACCAAGAUGCAGUGGAUGACCAGCAUUGCUGUCAAUGCGCUCUACGUUGCAGGAUUUGUCUUCAUUUCCUCUGUUUCAAUGUCAUUACUCCUACGGGACUCCAUCUCCGGGUUAGAAUUCAGGGUUCCCUUUCUCUUAGAUAUUUUGCCAUCCAAGGUUAACGAGUCCCAUCCAUCCAGGGUGCUGGUGAUGUUUUUGCUUGUAUAUGCGUUCUUUUGCGUAUUGAUCUCCAGUCUACUUAGCAUGACUUCACUCGUCUGUACUCCAAGUGACCAACAAAAAAUGUAUGGUGAGGAUUCUCAAACGUUUGUAGUUUUAUAAAAAAACAGUUUAAUCUCCAGGAGUAUAAUUUGUAAUUCAUGGUUGAUUAGCCAUGUAUCACUUUGCCGUAACUCGGGUUUCCGACGACCAAGUACUCGACCGGUGGUUCAUGCACCACAGUUAGAGAGUCGCUGCUGAAAGCGUAGAAAUGGGAUGCGAAGGGGGCAGUCCUCUGAGUAGUAGUUUUUUUUGUUUGUGUGUGUGUGCGUGUGUGUGUGUGGUUUUUUAACAUUAUAUUGAGAGUUGGCCUUUCUUGGCGAAAGGCAGAGUUUUUCGUGAAAGGGGCCGGCAAAAAGCAUGGCCCGUCCAAGAAGGCAUUAUUAUUAACCGUAGCUACGAUUCUAAAAUAAAACAGUAGUACUAUUUUUCUUUAUAGUUAUUGUAAUCAUGUAUGUAUUUAUACAUUCUUCAUUGUUCGAAUCUUGUACAAGUUGGUGUAAACCCAUUUGUGUGAAUUGUCAUUUAUAGCGUCAAACAACUUUCGACUUUUAACAUAAAGAGACUUAUAUCGACGGACUGUGAUCAAGUAUCGAUCUGAAACCUCUGAUCGGAAACUAUGGCCACCUGCAAAGGACUUUUGGUUGUGCUCGCUGCUGUGACACUUUCAUGUGAGUACACAUUCUGUUUGUGAUCACUAUCACGUGAGCACACAUUCUGUUUGUGAUCACUAUCACGUGAGCACACAUUCUGUUUGUGAUCACUAUCACGUGAGCACACAUUCUGUUUGUGAUCACUAUCACGUGAGUACACAUUCUGUGGGUGUUAUUCUGCUACCAAUGCAAUGGUUUAUUCGGGACAAUAAUGUUUAUAGACGACCGUCUACUUAAAACUAUCUUCACGCUACUCCUAACGAUCACGGAUGCUCUUCAAUACGUUUGUCAUGUAGCAUGGGGGAAUGCGGGCUUAUUAUCAUUCGCUAUUUUUAUGUUUGUUUUGCUAUUUUAUUUUGUCGCCAUAUACAGUAGUUCGAACAAUCCGUUCUUUUUUUAAAAUAUAUUUUGAUGACAUUUGCAGCAGGUAUUCCGGGACAAAACCCACGUAUUACCCAUCAUUUUUAAACAAGUUUCUCCCCUUCUCGUUCCAGGUUUGAUGUCUCAAGAAACUAUUUGCUAUGCUCAAGGUCGGGAACUAUAUUCACAUGUUUUUAAAUUUAUUCUGUAUUAAUUUAUUAAAUAUUGUGCAUGUAUGCAUAAAUUGGCAUUCAUUUAUUUAUUUUCACAUUCAUUUUGUGAGGGUUAAUUUAGAAGAAAAAAAACAUCAGAUGGUUGAUUUGAAUUCGGUAUUUCAUCUCAGAUGGUAUUCACUAUAAUUUUGGCUGUCACUGUAAUCUUGGCAUUAAACAUAAUCAUAAUAUUUAAUGUUUUUAUAUUUUUAAAUUAAAAUGAUCUUGGUCUUAAGUAUGUCACUUGAUGUGUAAUCUGAUCGUGUUAAUAAAAAUGAUCUUAUUUGAUCUUCUUCUCACAUAAUAUAUGAUGUAAAUUAUCUGGGUAUUAAAUAGGAAAUUCGUAUGAAAUUCUCAUGAAAUACGAUAUCGGUAUACAUAUCACAAAUACGCACUAGAAAUAUCUAACAAUACGCACUAGAAAUAUUACAAAUCUCAUCGAAUAAAAGUAAAAAUGUAUAUAUUUUUUUUGCUUUUACAUUCAGGUGUGGUUUCAAUUGUAUAAACUGAAUUUCUCAUUUGAAUAUCCAUUUGCCACAGACGUGAACAUCACGACUGUGGAGCUGCCUCCGGGUUGUUGGUGCAGCUGUCCCGCAGCCAACUUUACUCUGACAAAUCAGGAAUUUGAGAUUAAGAGGAGAGAAAUUCUGUUACUGGUCACUGAGAACCUGCUUGUGGAUAAAGAGGUCUGCAUUGUCAUUUUAUAAACUUCAACCAGAGGCGUAUGUAUAUAACGACUUUAGAAAUAUUGGAACACUUAUUAUGAAGCAAUAAUGAUUUUGGCAUUUUAAAUGAUGAGUAGAAAUGUAAGUGGCGUCAGUGAAAGGGCGAACACCUAAAAAAAAAAAGGGCGAAUAUAUCUGAUUUUUUUUUUCUCAUCAAAGUGAAAAAUUGAAAUAAAUUUCUCUUGAUUCUGUUUCAGAUCCUCCUUUUUCAGUCCAUGUUCCUGAAAUAAGACAGAGAUCAUGGCCAAAUUUACGACAAUGGUCAUGGCCAUCAGAUAUUUUUAAUGUUACAGAGCAGCCUACAUGGGCCCGCAGCAAAGUACCAUUAUAAAAUCGUAUUUUUCUCCGCGUCUUUGAGCAGCUCAUUCAGUUUGCGCAUCUUUGCGCAAAUGUUCCUCAGAAUCUUAGACACUAUUUGGACGCUCAGAUCGGUCUCCGUUUUUUUUGUUUAGUGUUGAAGCUUUUGGCUAUUCCGACUUAAAUGUUGUUUUAACGCAACUCUGACAUUUAAAACUCUGUCUUACAUGUUCCAGCGCUUAAAUGAAUACGUAAAGUGUUCACACAUUUCCAAAAUCGAAUUCGUUCAAAGAAACGUUUCACCAUUGGUAAUCUGAUUCUUGGCAUUGUCUAUCACACGUUUGCUUUACUUUAAAUACUACAGGGAAGCGAGGAAGACGAUGCCAAACCUUUCACAGUUAUUGGAAGAAUCAUUCGGGUUUUUUUACGUCUCGUUUUCUAUCCACAGACUCUUUCCGCGUCCAAAAGGAAAAAGUUGUCGGUGUCGGACAACAGGAUUUCGGCCAAGACGGUGGGAUACACGGGGGUCGUGACCUUGACCUUGGUGUUCUGCACCCUCGUCUGGAUGGACGCGUCGUACAUAAGUAACUUCGCAGCCUCCCUGGGCAUCGGGAUCAAGUCCAAGACCACGUGAGGGGGGGGGUGGUCAUCCCUCCGCAGAAUGAUGCGAGCUGUUAAUCUUUAUAAAUAAC